AUGGCCUGGUACCCAUUAGAGCUGCAGUUUUUCAAGGGCCGUUGUGCUUCCAAUGUCGGAAUGCAGGGUGGAGAGCAGACGGUGGCGCUAGACCCACGCUUGUGCAUGGGAUUGGGUCAGGUGGCGCACGAGUUCUUGCACGCGCUCGGCUUCUUCCACGAGCAUAGCCGGCCCGACAGGGACCAAUACGUUGACGUAGUCUGGGAUAAUAUCAUCGAGGCCUCCAACGAGAGUUUCUGGCUGAAAAGUGAGACGGAGGCAGACACGCUUGGCGAGGCGUACGACUACGAGUCCGUCAUGCAUUAUCCGCAUAACGCUUUCAGUAAGCCUGGGGUGGUAUCCACGCUGUUGCCUAAGAGGCCGGAAGUACAACCGGAGAGCCUCGGCAAAGCCUACAGAGAAGACUUCCUUACGGAUACGGAUAUCAAAAAACUCCACGUGCUUUACACCUGUGGCAAAGAGUUCACCAAGCAGUAGCCAUGACUUCUUACUAUUAUGUGGAACUACGCGUAACCUAAAUUAAUGCUGGCUGUCUUUUUGAAUGCGACUGCCGUUUUGUGAAGCAUUGUAUUUGAAGGUAUGCUGACAUGCGAUGGAUGGGUUUUUGUGCGUCCCUUCUGGUAGAAGAUCUGUAAAACAACUGUACAUCACCCGGCGUUCAGAACAGCUGCACUGUAGGUGACGCAAGCAAUACCUCCGCUUACCUUCUCGGAUUUCCAGGCUCCUGUCAAGAAGCAAGGUUCUCCGGCACUAGCGACAAAACUUAUAUUGAAGGCGCUAUGCAUGUUUCCAUUUCAAUUACACCAACUAGAUCUUUGAACCAUUCUAGCUGGUAUAUAUAUUACUCAUUAUGAUAUUGCGGAGAUUUCUAUUCUUCGAGAUGCAAGGCGAUAUUCGUAGUGAGUGCUGUAUUGAAGGAUAAUUUUUGUUUAAUUAUUUUUACAAAACUGGCAAGAGCUGCGCCCUGUGACCAUUAGCCUUUUUUGUUCUCUUAUAAAAAGAUAAGAGCCUCUUUCUCCAUUCUUACUCGAAAAGCCACGUCAUUAGCUCUUCAUGAAUUGAAACAAAAUGGUACAGCCAAAUGUUAUCGUCAUAUAUUACACAAUUGCUCUUUAUUGCGUUCAAGACGGAAAACAACUUCAGCUCGUCAUUUCAAAGUGCUCCAAAAAAUGCAGUUUCUUAGUGAAGACUAUAAAUGCCUUGUGUAUUGCAACGGAGAGCGAUGCAGCCAAGCUUAGAGAUACGUUCCAGCUCGUAAGUAUACUCUAGAAAUCGUAGUUUUGGGCGAGAUCUCGCGGCACCAAUUUUAAGCACGAUUCGAAUAGCUGUUCUUACUUUCAACUUGCAUGUGCAUUAUAAGUGUUUUCGACAUGGGUUUUUACUGGUGAAUAUUUUUUUUCAGCGUACGUUACAUUAAAGAGUGAAAUGCCGUCGCGAGAAUAGCAA